GCGGGUGCUUCCCGUCUCUGGAUUCAGGGCCUUCUCAGCCUCACCUGCGCAGCCGCACUGACAGCUGUAGGCUACAGGAUACAGAAUCCGCCGGCGCGAGCAGCCUUUGUCUUAGAUUCGAUGCGCGUAUUCAAGCCGCCGCUCCCAUUUCUCGAUAAGCCGUCCUCCCCAGAUGCCAGACGGCGGAUCCGCACCCACUGUGAUCGUUGAGACCACCCCGACCGCGCACCGCGAUGUUCUCAAGGAACCAACCACGCAGCUCCCGCCCAAACCAGCACACGCCGCUGAACCUGUUGCUGUCGUCCUGGGACUGUCUGGCGACAGCGCUGAAGCCGUGGAGGAACUACGCGAGCACCACAUUCGCGCUUUGACCGACGACACCCGGACGUCCCUCGUCGACCUUGCGUAUUCGUCCACUGCGGCGUGCGGUGGAGCCACGCCGGCGAAGUACCGCUUGGCGGUGUCCGGCAGGUCGAGGGAGGAGCUCGCGGAGAAGCUGCGCGCGGCGUCGGUCGUGCCAGGCGUCGGCGAGAGCCCGCGGAAGGUCGCGUUCCUCUUCUCUGGGCAGGGCGGCCAGUCGUUCGGGAUGGGCGCGGCGCUGUACAGAGCGGUGCCUACCUUCCGACAGGCGAUUGAUGAAUGCCAGGAGAAGCUCGUCUCUUGGGGGUUCGAAGAGAUGCUGCCUUUCAUUCAAGGCGUAUCGCAGGAUGACGAGAGCGGACGGACGUUGGAGGCGGAGCACACUGCGCUCUUCUCGCUGGAGUACGCUCUUGCGCGUAUGUGGACGGUGUGGGGCGUCGUGCCUGAUGCAGUCUUGGGCCACAGGUGGGCAUGCACAGGAUAGUGGCAUGUCAUUUGGCCUGAUCUUGAACAAGUCUAGGGGAGUAUGUUGCGUUCGUCUGCUCGGGCGUCAUCAGGUUGGACGAUGGCCUCCGAUUGAUCUGGCAGAGAGCCAAGCUUACGAGGGAGCGAUGUAUGCGAGGGUCGUCAGGGAUGCUCGUUUUCAUGGGCGAACCUAGCGUGAUUGAGGAUAUGAUACGCGAUGAUCCGUAC